CCGCCCGCCGCCCCCAUGCCGGUGCGCAGCGCCUCCUGCUGCUGCCCGCCGCCCCCGCCGCCCCUGCCCCCGGGGGCCGCCGCCGCCGCCGCCGCCCGCCUCGAGCCGCCGCCGCCCAUCAACACGGCGCAGCCCGGCGUCGCCACCAGCCGCCUCUACAGCGGCGCCAAGUUCCGCGGGCAGCAGCGCUCCAAGGGCAACGCCUACGAGGUGGAGGUGGUCGUGCAGCAUGUGGACAUGGAGAACUCCUAUCUCUGCGGCUACUUGAAGAUUAAAGGCCUUACGGAGGAAUAUCCGACCCUCACGACUUUCUUUGAAGGGGAAAUAAUCAGUAAAAAGCACCCGUUUUUAACGCGGAAGUGGGAUGCGGACGAAGACGUUGAUCGUAAACAUUGGGGAAAGUUCCCAGCCUUUUACCAGUAUGCAAAAACAUUUAACUCCGAUGACUUUGAUUAUGAGGAUUUGAAGAGCGAUGACUUUGUCUUCAUGAGGUGGAAGGAACAGUUCUUGGUGCCUGAUCACACCAUCAAAGACAUCAGCGGGGCUUCCUUCGCCGGGUUUUAUUACAUAUGCUUCCAGAAAUCUGUGGCAUCUAUAGAGGGCUAUUAUUAUCACAGGAGUUCAGAAUGGUACCAAUCCCUGAAUCUGACCCAUGUCCCAGAGUACAGCGCGCCCAUUUAUGAAUUCCGGUGACGGCG